CUUUUCUUAAAAUUCACUAUUAUUCAUAAUUAAUAAAUCAUUUCUUUUCCAACUCCCCUUCCUUCCGAUCACCUCACCAACAACAAGUAGAAGUUUAUUCAUCGUUCCCGGGGUGUUUGCCCAGCCACUGAGCCACACUGGCACCAGCUUUUCCAGCCCUACCUUACCCAAUCGCCGGCCAGUCCCCAUAAUAACUUACCCGUGCAGUUCCUUUCGCUUUGCUGCUGCCUUCAGACGCCCAGAAGAACUUCACUGCUUCUUCCCUUUCCCCCCCUACCUUACUCCUGUCUGAAUCCCUUCCUCGCCCCGAAGGAGUUACUGAAACUUUGCGAUUCUCCUCCCACUGGUUUUGUCUAUAUUGACCUGCCGCCGCAUACUUUCUUUUCCACUUCGCUCUAGACUUACCGUUCCCUGUACCGGCCUGAUCGACGUCAUCUUCCGCGCCUCCCAGGCCUCCGAUACAGAAGGUGCAGCCACCAUGGAUGUUCUACUUCGACGUCGAGACUGCUAUCCCACCGUCAAUGGCGAAGUGUGCGAUGGCAGCACUUGGUAUGAUUGGGGUCGUUGGAUCGCGUUCGCAGUCAUUGUCGCUGUGGCGCUAAUCAUCUUCUUUCUCUUUGCAUGCUACAACGCCCGCCGUCGGCGCAGACAAGGGCUCCGACCUCACCCCGGCACUGCAUGGCUUGCCGGCCCUCCUCCGACCUUCCAACAGUCUCAGCAACAAGCACAGCAACAAGGUCAACGACCAUACUACGCAGACCCUUACUACCAACAACAACCGCCGCCCCAAUACACUCCUCAACCGCAAGCUUAUGGUUACUUUGGAGGCCAGCAGACGGGAAUCGAGCUACAACAACCGCCGAACGCAUACCACGGUGGCGAACGGGUGUACCAGCCACCACCGGGUCCUCCUCCCGAGGGGGCUUCCAAGGUGUAACGCUCCGACCAGUAUUCCGUGAAACGACUUCUCUCUCUUCCUCCUCCUCUCUGUCUCCAGAUACCCGAUCCAAGGGGGUUCCUUGCGAUCGACUAUUAUGUAAUUACCCAGGCGUCUAUUCGAUGAUCAAUUAUGGGAUAUGUCGCUUUCUGCGUCUCAUAGCGUUUUGUGCUAGGAGGGAUACCAGGGGCCAACGUGUGACGGGUUUAUGAGUUUCUUUGUGCCUAUUUAUUUAAAACUCCAUGGUACUCGUAUUAUAAUGACUUAUCGGGGUAGUUUUUCUAUGCUCUAUGAUUAUGGCGCCAGCAUUUCUUUUAUCGUUUCAAUUUUUUUUCUCUCUCUCUCUUUUGUUCUUAUCUAUGUCUCUUCCACUGCGAUUAUUGUCCUCGGCUGUGUGAUAUAUGAGGUGAAGGCAGCCGACACCAACCAAACGUGAAUAGCUUACUACUACAAAGUACAAUGUUAAUGUUAUGGAAGAAGGAA